AGGCCGCCGAGGGGGCGUGGCCUCGCCGGCGGCGCGCCGGCACGUGCCCCGCGCCCGGGCCCGGGUCGGGUUUCGGCUCUGAAACCGGAGCCCCCCGUCCGCCCCCCCGGAACCCCCCGGGGCGCCCCGCUCCCCCCCCUCCAGCGCCCCGGGGGGUUGCUGCGCUCCACCCGAUCUCCUGCGCUGCACGGCGGGUCCCGGGGACGGCGCUGGCCUCGUCCCUGCGAGGGCCGAGCGCAGUUUCGGGGCGAUCUGGUUUCCUCCUGCUUGGCCCCGGUCCUGGGGAGAAGCAGCGGGAGCGGGCGGAAUGUUCUUCCUCUUCCGCGGGCCGCAGCGGCGCGGCGCUGGCAGCCCCGCGCCCCCCACCUGCCGGGGCGCCCCCCGGUGCCACGGCCCCGGCCGAAGGGCUGCCCGCGGCUCCCGCCCGGGCCCUUGGCUCAGGCGUCCCGGCACCGCCGGCACUGCGGGCAGCCAGGGGAGGUUAAGCCGUAGUGGUGCGUCCCCCGUGGAGCUUCAGCGGGCUGCCGAGGAGCCGGGGCCCCGGCCGCCCCCCGCUUUUGGGCAGGAUGGGAAGCCACGUUCAGGCGCUCCAGGCUCUGGCACAGGGGACCCUGAGGACAUGCUGGACGCGGCGCAGACACCCCCGAUGCAGGGAUACUCGGUGCUGCAGGGGCUGGUGGGGCCGGCCUGCAUCUUCCUGCGGCAGAGCAUCGCCAUCACCCAACGGGACCGGGAGCUGCGGCCCGAGGAGAUCGAAGAGCUGAAGCAGGCGUUCCGGGAGUUUGACAAGGACCACGACGGCUACAUCAGCUACAAGGACCUGGGCGAAUGCAUGCGGACCAUGGGCUACAUGCCCACGGAGAUGGAGCUCAUCGAGCUGUCCCAGCAGAUCACCGGGGGCAAGGUGGAUUUUGAUGAUUUCGUGGAGCUGAUGGGCCCUAAGAUGCUGGCGGAGACGGCGGAUAUGAUUGGGAUCAAGGAGCUGCGUGACGCCUUCCGUGAGUUUGACACCAAUGGGGACGGACAGAUCAGCAUGGCGGAGCUGCGGGAGGCCAUGCGCAAGCUCCUGGGGCAGCAGCUCAACUAUCGGGAGGUGGAUGAGAUCCUCAAGGAUGUAGAUCUCAAUGGUGAUGGCCUGGUGGACUUUGAAGAGUUUGUACGGAUGAUGUCGCGCUGAGGGCGGUGUGUGCCAACACGGGACCUGAGCCCCCCGUGCCUUACGAAGACGAGGGGGCCACAGAGGGACCCCCAGCUCCAGGGGCUGGGGCAGUGCUGGCACAGUGGUGCCCGUGCCUGGGGUGAGGCUGGGCGGGGAGCUGCUCCGAUGCUGAGGUCUGACCGUGGUGGGAGGCACUGGGGCCAAAGUCAGGACCCUUUUCUGCACAGGCUCAGCCAAGCUUCAACUACUCUCGCCCUCAUCUCUGCUCUCUCCCUGCAUCAUCCCCCUCCCCACCCGGACCUCAUCCUAAAAGUCACACCAUCAUGGUCCCCUCUUCUUCAGCUGUUCCCCAUCCCUGCUGCUCAUCCCUCCAGCCUCCAUUCCCACUUUGUGUGCCGCACUGAGCCCCUCAGGCUCCCUCCACACCAGGUUUAAUACGGACUGCACAGCAUAACCUGCCCCAUCACCAUGGUUUGAGCUCAGACCCACCUCAGACCAGCCUAGGGUGAGGCGUCCCUCCCCUUUUGGGGCUGGCACAGACCCUCAUGGAUGUUCUGGCAGCCCCCAGCACAGAGGAGACUCCUGGCAGCCCAGCAAGGAGACCCUCCAGGAGAGAAAUAAAGCAUUACUGGGUGGAAGGGCCUCAGCCAGCUGCAGGCAGGGCUGCUGUAGGUACCCUCCCUGCCCUGGCUGCAGUUUUGGGGCCAAUUUUGCCCUUUUGAAAUGAUAAAACUCUCUCUACAGA